CUCACGGCUGCAGUUCAACUGAUCACAAUGGUCUAAAAUAUUCUCAGUGUUCGGCUUUUUAUAAUAAUUCAUUAAAAUAUUUGUGCAAGUAAUUAUGAAUUGAUGCAUACGUGUUCACAUAAGUGUAUUUACUAUGCACUACGUAAUAAUGCACUACGUUUAAUAAUAUAAUUUCGGCAUUGACUGGCAAACAGCACUAACCGGGUCGUCGUGGUUGACCAUUGCUGAUGCAAAUGGAUUACUUUUCUAGUAACGUAUUAUAUUUCGAUCGUCUUUAGCGGAUAUUUUGUGCUUUUGUCCAUAAAAUGAGUAAACCAGCACAUGAGCACAGCUAUAGCAAUAACGAGUUAUUUUAAAUGAAUUUCGAUGCCUACAUCUAAUUCUGGAGGAAACUUAAAGUGCAGAAAAAAAUUAAAUUUUUCACUACUAGGUAUUUUUGGCAUAAUUAAUAUUGGCUUACAUAUUGCAUGAGUUGAGCGACCUAAACGACUCCGGUAGACCUUUCGAAACGCACACAUGCAAUAGUAGAAGAGCAUCAUAUAAGUUUUGCACACACUGGCGCAUACGGGAGCGUCCAGCAAAUGCCAGACGUGGCCAAGUUCUCAGUUUCGAAAGAGCAGCACCAGCACCAGCACCAGCACCAACACCAACACCAACAUCGACAAUACCACUCAGUAAGCAGCAAUAGUAAAAGUCUGAAUAUGAGUCUGCUGCCAAAAUUUGACUUGGCGUUAUCAAGAAAAUCGACGACGUUUCUGUUGGUGCUGUUCGGUAUCGGCUGCUUGGGAUAUAUACAGGCCGAGCGUGAUUUCAACUUUAACGACUCGCAGGUUCCGCUGCUUGAACCGCGAGAUGACCCUGCUCACACUCAUUACAGCUAUGACCCAUAUUCGGUGGAAGUGUCGAGCUGCCGCUCGGCAAACAGUGAAGUUGUGCUCUCUUUAGUGCUGAAAAAUUACGAUUGGACUGAUUUGAGUGACAAUAAAAAGGAUAAAGUACUUGAAAAAUUAUCCAAGUUCUUUGCCAUACCGAAGGAAUUUAUCGUUAUGGAAUCUGUAACAAAACGUGAACUCAGUGAAAUGCAGAAUGAAUCAAUACGAAGAGGUCAUAAUAAGUGCCAUAAUAAUUAUAAUCGUCCUUUGGGAAGAGUUAGCUUUGUGCUUGGCUGUGGGUCUACAUAUUUCACAAUGAGUGAACCUAUAAACAAACAAAUAGGUGCUCAAAUGAAAGAUGGUUCUAUUGAUAAUAUAACUGGUGAAAAGUUCGGCUGGUGGGUUAUUUGGCGCAAGCACUACAAAACGAGAGUGCAACGCAAUCGGCGCCAAACCGAGGGUUCGGGUGCAGACGAGGUCGAUGAUGAUUAUGACUAUGGAUACGAUGAUGACGACGAGGACGUUGUGGAAAACGUAACGGAAGUACCAGCUGUCACCACACAUGCGCAUCGUCACCAUCAUGGCGUGGGACAGUCAAAUCUCGAGGAUAAUAAGUUGGACAUGGCAUCGGUGUCAGAAUCAUCGAUAUCAAGUAGCCAAGUCGCCGAUCCGGAGAUCGAUGCCGAAGUCGAUGGCGAGGAAGGAGUUGCCGCUGUGGCAGCUGCGUCGUCCAAUGCCAAGCACUUUACUUCAAACAGCGACUCGAACUUCUUGCUACCGAAUAAAGGAAGUAAUAUAGACGAAGAAAUAGUUGAGAGUGUCUCACAGCUGGAAUCAGUUAUAACUAAAACCAUUGAAAAUACGAAGAAUAUCAAAGAACUCCCUGUUAUAAAGAAGGAAGUUGGCGAAGAUGUUCCUGUCGCUGUGGAAGUUGGAAAGGAAUUGGAUGUUUCGAAUGCACUUGAAGAGCUCGGCCAAUCUAAUAAUUUAGAUAUUAAUGUGAAUUUAAAAGAGGCACAGCCAGGAACCUCAAGUGCUAAUCAUGAAUUUGUAACAAGCAGCAUAGCACAAAUGCCAUUACAUCUUCGCAAUGAAAAUAAAAUUGACAAAGACAAUUUUACAUUUGGAGCCGCUGCUAACGUUUCUGCUGAAGCCGAUGCUAAAGUAGGUUCACCAUUGGGUGCCUCCAUUAGAAAAAACUUCAAUGAAAUUAAGGAUUUACGCUUGGAUGAUGGCAAUUCAAAUAAAUCGGCACUGGAUCCCACUAACGCAUCGGUUCUAAACGAGGUGGAAGUAAUUGAAUCAAUUUCACCAUCUGGUGUAGAUGUGGGCACCUUGUCAUCGGUAGCUAUUACUUUAGAAUCGUUUGCACCCAGCACUACCACCACAAUGAAUCCUAUUGUUCUUGAAAUGGCAAAAGCCGAGACGACUUCUUUGCUACCACCAGCUUUACACACGCUUUCAAUAAAUGUUGUCAACACAGCUUCAACAACACUUGCACCCGUCCAAUCAGCCAAUGCUGUUGCGACUUCAUUAUCCGCAUUACCGUCAUCAUCCGUUUCUUAUCCUUCCUCGCCUUCAUCAUCAUUCUCGGUAUCCUCCUCUACCGUGUCAACUACGCCAUCGUUCUCUUCGUCAUUCGCGCCCCCCUCCAUAUCAUCAACAACCUCAGCUUCAUUAACGACAACGACACCAUCCAUCACCUCACCACAGUUUACGAAGCAAGAUCAAACGCUACAAGAAGAACAUCGCCAGCAAACACUUUAUCAAUCGACGAAAUCGUUUGAAAAUUUCGAAUUGCCCUCGUUGACGCCUAUAAGUGUGGAAAACUCGGAAGGUAGCACUAAAAGUGUUUCCGAGGCUGCACCAAAUGAUGUAUCUAUGUUCACCACACAGAGGCUGCCAACUUCAGAUACAACAACCACCCAUAGCGUACAGAGUGAAAAAGAUGUCACACCCUCUGAGCCAUCGUCAACAUCAACUUUCAUGACUUCGUCAGUGAACAAAGAUGUUAAAAAGGAUGAUAAUGAGACGAGCACGAUGACUACUGGGCAAGACUCCAGUCAGACGGCGUCCACUACACCUGCUGCUUCCUCUCCCACCACUUUGCUAACUUCGCCAACAAUCUCACCUGUAACAGUAAGCAGUGACACCGUUUCUCCCGCAGUCAGCUCCACCGAUUAUGCAGAACCUAAAAUGGAAAAUUCGCCGCCGAUGAUUCGCACUCGCUUGCAGAAGUUCGGUGUGACAUCAGGCAAAGCGUUUUCAUAUUCAGUGCCACAGGACACCUUCUACGAUACAGAGGAUUUAACAAAUCUACGCUUAGAUUUGACGGACAAGGAUGGACGAGAAUUGAAGGCGUCGUCGUGGCUACAGUUUAAUCCCGAAACGCAUGUGCUUUAUGGACUACCAUUGGACGACUCUGUAUCCAAAUGGCAAUAUAGGCUAUCCGCAACGGAUUCUGGCAACGAUUCGGUCACGGAGACACUUGAGAUCUCUGUCCAGCAGCAUCGCGGUGUGCGCACUGUCAACCACGAGAUAAGCAUUACUGUGAAGAUGAAUGAGAAAAAUAUGCACAACAUUGAUUGGCAGCUAAAAUUAAUGCGCGACGUGGCCUCAACAUUGGGCGAUGAAAACACUAACUGGAUUGUUGUGCGGGAGAUUCGUCCAAUGCCGCAGGAUCCGAAUACGGCCACUUUUGUGUAUUUUAACGAAACUUUCCCGACCAGCGAGUGCCCAGAAACAGAACUCAAUAAGCUGGUGAAGCGCUUAGAUGCUAGUCGUCUAAGUGAUUUGGUUUAUCCCACACUGAGUGUCAAGUCCAUAACUGGACAGCUGAUUGGUGCUUGCCAAAAGUCUCAUAUUAUUAAGCCGAAACCCACGACUCAUAUAGCGACAAAUGUACCGCCACUGCCCCGAAAUCAAGUGGAUCGAGUAAAUGCUACUGUUGGCCAUUUACUUGUUUUCAAAGUUCCGAGCGAUACAUUCUACGACCCGAACGAUAAUGAGCAUCUGACGUUGACACUGAAAACAAAGGAUCACAAGGAACUAAGUCCGCGACAUUGGUUGCAGUUCGAUUCGAAGAAUCAAGAGUUCUAUGGCAUACCAAGAAGUGGUGAUGCUGGUUCAGAGGAAUACUUGUUGGUCGCCCAAGAUGCUGGUGGGCUAAGCGCAACGGAUGCGCUAGUCGUGGUAGUAAACCAUGCACCCAAAAGAGAAUUCAGCAUCUACUUCAAAGCGUACCUGGCCAUCCGGCAUGAGCAGUUCAAUGCUGAUCUUCAGCGGAAAUUUGUGGAGCGCAUUUCUCAGUUGUUUGGUGAUUCAACUACACAAUAUGUCCAAAUACGAUCGGUGACACCACACCUUGACUCAGAUAGCACCAUUGUUAGCUUCUACAACACGAGUUUGUACAAAUCCCACAAUCGUUGCCCUGAGGAGGAAAUUGAAGCAGUUCGCAGUGUAUAUUUGGUCAAGGAUCACAUGGUUCGUGAUCAUGUCAAGAAGGUUCUUGGACCCGAAUUAAAUCUCACCAAUAUGCAAGCGUUACCAUUAGGCUUAUGUCACCCUCAAACUGACGAUAUACAUCGCGGCCAUGUACCUAUGAAGCCCGAUCAGCCAACUCUGAAAUCCAGCUUCAGUGAAGAGUAUAUGUACACGAUCAUACUUCCGGCUGUGAUUAUAAUUAGUAUGAUUAUAAUCGCUUUGCUUAUUGCGUGUUGUCUGCAUCGCCGCCGUCGUAAGAGUGGCAAAAUGGAGCUGGGAGAUGAGGAGGAGCGCAGAUCCUUCCGUAAGAAAAAUAUUCCUGUUAUUUUCCAAGAUGAGUUGGACGAAAAACCUGAAAUUGGCAACAAGAGCCCAAUCAUACUUAAGGACGAGAAGCCACCAUUGUUGCCACCAUCCUACAACACCUCCAAUAUGAAUGGCGAUAACGAUGUAGAUGAAUAUGUGCCACCGCCAGCUGUUGUAGUCGGAGGUCGCGAAGCGCGAGGGAAAUCACCAGCUACGCCAUCCUACCGGAAACCACCACCAUAUGUUUCGCCAUAAAAAUGUUAAAUAAGUGUCAAACCUUAACGGAGAGGAAAAGCAUAAGUCAAUGCCUGAGAAGUUUAAUUUUACUGCUGCAGCUAAACUUGAAAUACUUGGAAACUUUACUACUUAAUUCACUACUUAUACAUUUUUAAGUUACAUAAUGUUGCGUAUGAUCAAACGUACGUGAAUAACAUUUAAUACUUAAAUAGCAUAAGAGAUAAAGCGAAUCGACGAAAAAUAAGUAAUAGGAGCAAGCAAAUAUUGCUGAAAGAAAAUUUGUAUGCAUAUCGUGCAAGAUAUCGAACAUACAGAUCGAAUAAUCAUCUCACGCUGUUGAAACUUAUGAACAAAAUCAUUGUAAUUAUUAAGCUGUCAACUUGAAAGAUUAUUUUUGAACAAAAAAGAGCCAAGAAAAUGCGAAAUAUUUUCAAAUAUUUAUCGGAAUAUAUAAACAAAAGAUAAAAACUUAAAUUAAAUUUGAAGCAUGAAAAAACUCACUGCUGCUAGAUAUUUUAAAUUUGGCUUUAAAAUGACUAAAAAGUAACUAUUCGACGUUUGCGCUUGCCUGAAAACAGAGUGAGGAAAAUACUAAGAUUUAGUUGCUUAAUGUUAGAAAUUCUGCUUAUUUAUUAUUACUUUUUAUAUAAUUGAUAAGCUAAUGAGAAAAUUAAGAUGUUGAAGGUUGUUUUGCUUAAUGAAUAACAAUCGCAUUAAGUGUAAACCAUUCGCAUGGCCUUAGGCGAAUGCACAAAACUCGCAAAAAUUGCUUUCGACUGACAGAAAAUCAUUAAAUUGUGCUCAAUACCAUUUAUUUUCCAUAAUAAUCUUCCUCCUCCUUUGUUUGAAUAUUUGCUUGAAGCGCUUUCGUUUUAGUGAGAUAAGCUGAAACCAACAACCUAGGGUUCAAAUUUAGAUAUCGGAAUAUGAAAAUGAUCGUUGAGAAACGAUAUUGUAUUGUAAUCAAAAUGAGAACGUGUCACAAUCAUAAUCACCUAAGCUUUUAAUUGUACAACAGAAAUGUUACAAACGGAAGGAAAUCUCGUAGGAUAAUCAAUCCUACACAUUAAAAAGCAAUGUAAAUCAUGUAAUACAUAUGGCUGAAGGUAUUUCCGUGUAUAUAUUCAUGCAAACAGAGUUUGUCCCGCGGGCGGUUGCACAUACAUACGCCCAUCAGAUGGACUCAACAACACAGAAGCUAAACUUGUAACUCGUUUUCUAUAUUUUUGUAAAUUUAAAAACUCAAAUGCCAUUUUGUGAGUUAUAUAUCGAUAGAUUCUGCACAUUUGUAAUUAAUGAAGCAAUAAACAAUUCUUUGCAAGCGUAGAAAAAAGCAUGGAUGCACCAUA